GACGAAGUCUGGCUUCAGUCGUUGGAAUACACUCGUGCGUCGUGGACACAAGCCAAAUCGCUUCAGCGCCGGAAAGUUGCACGUGGCAGCGGUACUGAGUCCAUUACUCUCAUCCGUUCUGCAUUUCUGUGUGUCGGUGUUACAGUGUGUUCGGGUGCCGGAGUGUAUCUGUGUGCGGGAAUCAUCACAAGCCGUAAAUGAAAAUAAACAUAACGCGUCCUCAUUCAUAAAUGAAUAAAAACCAUCUCGAUACAAAUAUGUAGAAAAAAAUAAUAUAAAAGGAAGAAAGCAAUCCACCAACAAAAAACCGACUUGAAAAGAAAUCAAAUAGAAGCUGAAAUUGUGAAAAGUGCGAGCGAUUGAAAAAAUUAAAUGAAAUUAUUUGUCGUUACGCGAUAUAUGAAAUAUCAACAGAAUCCAACAAUUUCAACCAAACGGUUUCUCAAUGGAAAAUACAAACAAGUGUGUGCGUGUGCAAUUGUGUGAACACCUACAAAGGAAAUAAAAAAUACAUAACGAAUAACAAAUAACAAAUAACGAAUAAAGAAGGCAAAAGGAUACGCUGGCUUAAAAGAAAAGGAUUAUCGAUUGUCCCAACUGACCGACAAGGCCACGGGAAAAAAAAAAGAAAAACGGAAGCACCAAUCCAGAGUCCGGGAUUAUUUUCGCAUUCAGCCAAAAACAAUAAAAACCAAACUGCCAGCAAGCCCAAUAAAAAGAAUCAAAGGAUACAAAUACAUGGAUGCGUGUAUAUAGAUUCCUGACUUGUACAAGAACAAAAUGAUAGCCAGUCACCUGGCAGCUUGUCUUGUUGCUCGAACCCAUCAUCAUAGAUAGUCUAAAUGACCAGAAAGAAAUCUAGUCACUCCAAAACGAUAUAGAAAUCGGUACUGAAAGCUUAACAAAAGCAGCUGAGCAGAUCACACAACUGAAAGGAAGAUCCGCUCUGCCAGGAUGGGGGAAAGCCAGCUGUUGCUCUUACUGCGGCUCCUGCUACUGCCUGUCGUGCUUCUCGGCUGGAUUAGUGUUGCCGAUGCAUCCACCUCGGACAUCUAUAAGAACGCCCGUCUGGGCCACCGCAUCGUCCAGACGCGCUACGGCCGCCUUCACGGGCUCAUCCUGCCGCUGGACAGUUUCCGGUUCCUGCGAUCCGUGGAGGUCUUUCUGGGCGUACCAUAUGCCACUCCGCCCACCAAACAGAAUAGGUUUAGUCCCACGCGAGCACCAGCGCCCUGGGACGGUAUCCGCAUCUCGGACAAGUAUAGUCCCGUCUGUCCCCAGAGACUGCCCAACAUCCAAAACGAGACAGCAGCACUAGAGAAGAUGCCCAAGGGCCGCCUAGAGUACUUGAGGCGACUGCUGCCUUUUCUGGAGAAUCAGUCCGAGGACUGCCUUUACUUGAAUGUCUUUUCGCCGGUUAAUGCCGGAGCCAAUGAGAAGAAAUUGCCAGUGAUUGUGUUUAUACAUGGCGAGUCCUUUGAGUGGAGCAGCGGAAAUCCCUACGAUGGCAGUGUCCUGGCCAGCUACGGAGAAGUGGUGGUGGUGACACUCAACUAUCGUCUGGGGAUAUUAGGUUUCCUGAAUGCCAAUCCCAAUCCCCAUGCCCACGCACGGGUGGCCAACUAUGGCCUGAUGGAUCAGAUGGCUGCCCUCCACUGGAUUCAGCAGAAUAUCCAAAAGUUCGGCGGGGAUCCAAAUUCGGUGACCUUGGCGGGCCAUGGAACUGGCGCGGCAUGCAUUAACUACUUGAUGACCUCGCCCACAAUGGUCAGGGGUCUCUUCCACCGGGCCAUCCUGAUGUCGGGCUCCGCAUACUCCUCCUGGGCCUUGGUGGAGGAUCCAGUGCUGUUCGCCAUCAAGCUUGCCAAGGAGGUGAACUGCACCAUUCCCGAGGAUCUGAAUCGCCAUCACGAACAAAUUGUCGACUGCCUGAGGGACGUGCCACUAGAUGACCUAUACAGUGCCGACAUACAGGCCCCCAACUUCCUUACAUCCUUCGGGCCAUCGGUUGAUGGCGUUGUCAUACGACCCGGGCAUUCCAAUCUCGAUAUCGAUGAUUUAAUGGCGCGCAACUCGAGGCGUUCCUCGGCGGACUCCGGCUACCAGACAUCCGGCGGUGGAGGUGGUCCUGGCGGCGGAUCUGGCGGGGGCCCCGGGAAUGGUGGUGGCUCCGGAUCGGCAUUCGGCGGUGGAUAUUUCGGUGGAGGUGGCGGCGGAUCGAAUACGGUAAACAUGGGCGGUCACUAUGACGUCCUGUUUGGCGUCGUUACGGGCGAAUCGAUUUGGCGCUUCAGUGCCCAUGAUAUACAGAACGGUUUCGAGGGCGAGAGGCGCGAUAAAAUUAUCCGCACCUACGUCCGCAAUGCCUACAAUUAUCACCUCAACGAGAUAUUCUAUACGAUUGUGAACGAGUACACCGACUGGGAUCGCACCUCGCAGCAUCCGAUCAACACCAGGGAUACUGCUGUGGCCGCUCUAUCCGAUGCCCAGUUUGUGGCGCCAAUUGUCCGGGCCGGCGAUAUCCUGGCCGCCAAUUCCCCGCCCCCUGUGAGCUCAUCCUCGCCAUCGGGCUCCGCGGGCGGAAAUGCAGCUGCCUCCACAUCGGCAGGCUCUACCCAGCCCUCGGGUCGCUGCUACUUUUACGUAUUCGACUACCAAACCAAGGACGGGGACUAUCCGCAGCGAAUGGGCACUGUGCACGGCGAGGACCUGCCCUACAUAUUCGGAGCCCCGCUGGUGGACGGUUUCAGCCACUUUCCCCAGAACUACACAAAAUCGGAGACAGCUCUGUCCGAAGCGGUCAUGAUUUUCUGGACAAACUUUGCGCGCACCGGCAAUCCCAAUGAACAUCAUCGCCAGGACUCUUCGCUUCCCGUUUCCAAGGAGCGGAACCGCUUUCGCAGCAUCACCUGGGAAAAUUAUGAUCCGCUGCAUCAAAAGUAUUUGGAAAUAGGAAUGAAGCCGCGCAUUAAGAAUCACUUUCGGGCCCAUCAACUCUCGAUUUGGCUGCGCCUGAUACCGGAGCUACAUCGCGCCGGAAUGGAGGAUGUGAUAGCCCGGCACAAUCUGUUCCGCAAUCACGACGAUAUGGACCUGUACGAGGGACCCGUUAAACCAGAUCCAUUCGGCAUAUCAACAGCCAACGCCGGCUCAACAUCGUCCUCGUCGUCGUCGUCCUCGCGCCUCCUGCUCAUCGAUGAGCAAUUGAUGAUGAAGAAGGGACGCGGUCUAAAUGCCUCCGCCUAUUUGAACGGCAUAUUGGGCGUUACCACGGUGGAGCCGAACAACAUGUACACGACCUGUAUACCCAUCGGAGGAAAUUACUCCGGCAGUGGGGGUGGUGGUGUUUUUGCGCCAACUACCUUAGCCAAUGCCUCGUCGGAUACCCUGGCGUCCGGUUUCGAGGCGGCCGGCUAUGCCGCCUACUCCACGGCCCUCAGCGUGACGAUAGCCAUUGGCUGCAGCCUGCUGAUCCUGAACGUGCUCAUAUUCGCCGGAGUCUACUACCAGCGGGACAAGACGCGUCUGGAGGUGAAGACCCUGCAGAAGCAGUACCAGCAGCGCAGUCUCCACCAGCAGGUCCCCUAUCCGCCGGAGCCCAUCAAGCACGCCCACUACCACAUGGGUCACUCCCAGAGCUCGGCCAACGUCAUCGUGGACGUGGAGAGUCACCAGGACCAGGCCGGUCAGGCGGCCAUGUUGCUUCAGGCAGCUGCCGCGGCGGCCGCUGCUGCCGCCAACGAGAAGCCGCCCCCGCCACAUAUCUGCUCCAAUACAGGCAUGCAACAGCAGCAGGUGGGCGGCGGCAGCGGUGGGGCACUGAAUAACGGUGUGUUAGAUGGUGGCAAGGUGAGCAGCGAUAACCUCGGCAAUGUCACCUACAGCACCAGCAGCAAGCAGCAGCAGCAACAUCAGCAGCAGCAACAGCAACAGCAGCAGCGCGAGCACAUGCAAAUCAAGGGAAUGUCCGGCACGCAAACAUUCGGCCGGAAUGCUACCGGUUCAGCGGGUGUGGGCGGAGUCGGAAUCGGAGGUGGGGCAGGCGGCGGAGGCGGUGGUGGCGGUGGUUCCGGUGGCGGCGCCUCCGUUGUCGUCUCCGGCAGCAGUGUGAGCUACAAUCCCGGAAUGAUGACGCUGCCCAAGUCAGGCGGGCUGCACCAUGCGGCCACUUUGAAUUAUGCGCGAAACACGGCCGCCUUGAAUCUAGCCGGAGGUGGCACCGCCCUCGUCGACAGUCGCGGCAAUGUCCUGCUCACCAGCACGCCAGUGAGUGGCGGAGUCUCCGGUGUUGGCGGCUCCGGGGCCGGUGGCACCUCUGCUGGCGGCGGUGAUUGCAUGACUCUGCCACGAAAUCUCAGUCUGGCGGCCGCAGGACGACACAAUCCCACGACAGAACUCCAGCAAUACCAACAGCAGCAGCAACAGCAACAGCAGUCGAGCAAACAUCAGGCCAACGGAGCUGUCCUUACUGGAAUGCAAUCUCACCACAUACGCGGUCCACGCCCACCGCUGCGUACCGCCUCUUCCACGACUACCAACAGUAGUAGCAAUAACUCGGCCAUGGGCGUGGCAGUGGGCGGUGGCGUUCUACUAGACCAGACACCCUCCGGCGGCAGCAGCAGCAGCGGCGUUAGCAGUGCGCCGAGCUCAUCGAAGGGUCACCACACCCACUCGCACUCGCACACCGCCCACCUGGUCCACUCCCAUCCGCAUCCACAUCCGCACACCUCCGAGGGCAUGGUCCUGACAUCCGCCUCGCCCGUGGGCGGCCAACAGCAGCAGCAGCAGCAACAACAACAGGUGCCCCAAGCCGCAAUGGACGAGAUGCGCGAGUUCUAUGCUACGAAGCAGGCGGAUGACGGCCAACUCAAUGGGACACCACCGGCGGAUGGAGAGACAGAAGCUGAUGCAGAUGGGGUUGCCGAGCGACGAGGGGCAGGAGGAGAUGGACGCAUCUCUGCCGACGACCACAAACAACGACAGCUGAAGAAGCUCCGUUUCAAGCGGGAGAUCCACGCCCUGGCCCUGGAGGGUGGCGACGUGGCCAGAGGAUAUUGCUCUUGCGAUGAGCAGUGGACCAACUCCUCGUCGCCGACGUCCACGACCACGUCUGCUACCAUGUCGCCGACACUGCCGCCUGGUAGCGCCACCGGCAGCUGUCAUCCGACCGGAAGCGGAAGUGGAAGCGCUGAAAAUGGAAGGGGGAACGCGUACGGGUACGGGCAUGGACACGGAAACGGGAUUGUGAAAAUUUCAGCUGUGGGAAAGCGGGCUGGCAGGCUCAAGCAGCAGCAUCAUGUGCGUUUCUCCGAUGAGAAGAAUUUUUCGGAUUGAUUCUGAAAAGCGUAAAAAAAUAAGGAAGUUCGAGAAAAAAAAAACUACUAGACUGCACCUAAUCUCUGUUUAGUCUUAGGAUAAUAUUUUGUCUCCUAUGCGGAGUGAAAAUGAUACAAAUCAUCAGAAAACCAAAACAAAUUACGUUUAGAUUCCAUAGCUAAUUAGGCAUUUAAGAGGAUCUUGUAAAUAUAGUUUGGAAAGUGUUAGUUAAAUAUCUGUGUUUAGUUUCUCCGCAGGGAUCUGCUGAGGACUAUAUAUGCGAGUAUAAAUAAUAUACGUAUAUGUGUAUGAAUGGGUGUAAUCAAGUUAAAAAAAAAAAUACAUACAAUGUAACAAUUAAGUGUAGCACAAAUGCAUUUUUCCACUCUUCAGCAAAUUAUUCGAUUUGUUGGAAACAGUAUCCUGUUAGUGGCUUGUAAAUAUCCUAGUCAAAAUAAUCAUAACAUGUGGUAUUAUUUACUUCAAGUAAAGCAACACGAAAAAUAAAGAACAUAAAAGUAAACCAACUAAAACUAAUGAAAAGCUCAAAAUAGAUUAGACGACCUAACCAGUUAAUGGAUACUUAAAUAAAUAGCUAAUUAUUUGAAUUAAAGUUUCAAAACUGAAAAAAAUCUGACGCUUUUUUGGACUGUGUACAAAGCAAAGAAAAAGCUCAUCAAGAAAACUAAGAAAAUAAAUAGAAAAUUUGUUUAUUAAUUAAGAAUUUUUCAACACAAUUAAAUAGUUAUUUCACUCACUGGAUAAAUGUGAAUUACUGUACCGGGUCCGUUGAACAUUCAAGUUUCUAAAAGAAUUAUCCUUUUUAAUUUUUCCUGGAAAAAUGUUAAAUAAUUACCUCAACCUAACAAAAACUGCCAAUUUAUUUAAAAAUAAUGUUUAGUUAAGAGCCCCACGCCUGAAGAUUCUUCCACUUUAUUUAAAAUACAAUCCUGAUUAACAAAAAAAACCAUUUAAAGCGUCGCCAACCAGAAUGAGACAUAGUAUGAUAUUUGUAUUUUUAAGAAAAAAAACUUAUAAUCGUCUAGAUUACAAUGUGAAGACGAAACUGCAAGAAACUAAAUUAAGGGAUUAAUAUGAUCUUAAAAUUAAUAAAAUGAAAUAUAAACAAAUCAUAAAACUA